AUGACAGUCACAGAAACACCACAGCAGCCCCAGCAACCGCUGUCGGAAACCUGGACGCAGCCCUCGCACUCCGCAAUCACCAUCCGCCGCUCAGACACACUCGCCUCCGGCUCCGACGCCAGCGGCCCCAUCUUCUGCCUCACCGCAGUCGCCGCCCACGACAUUCCCGCAAACUCCCUGUUCGCGACAAACACCUCCACCACCCUCGCCUCCACCAAGGACUACUCGACGGUGCAGAUAUCCGCGACGCAGCACAUCCGGCUCAACUCCGACCUGCUCUACUGCAACCAUUCGUGUGACCCGAACGUCCGCUUCGUCACCUCGACGCUUGCGCCUGAUCCAAAGGUAGACCCGGAGGCGCCCGUUGCCGGCGUGCUGGAGGUGUGGAGUCUCAGGGAGAUCGCUGCGGGCGAGGAAUUGAGAUUCUUCUAUCCGAGCACGGAGUGGGAGAUGUCGCAGCCGUUCCGGUGCUCGUGUGGAGCAGAGGACUGCUUGGGCUGGGUCGAUGGAGCGAAGAAUAUGCCGGCAAAGGUGCUGAGUAGAUACUGGCUGAGCGGGCAUAUUACGGCGUUGGUUGCUGAGAAGGAGGGCCUGAAUUGA